GUGAGAGAACGCCUGUCACGGUCACAAGUGCCCAAAAAAGAACUGGUGUAACCCUAUAGUGUUAGUGCCGUGAAUGAGUGCCCGCCUGCAACGCACAUGCGUGUACAGGGAUGACCUAUAGUGAACAAAUUUUUUGUGACUUGUGAUUUUGUGUUCCGUGCGACUAAGUGGGAUCGUGCCAAGUCCGUGAUAAAGUUACUGCGCUGCAAUACCAGAAAUUGCUGCCGAUGUGACCCAACAGAGCCAAUGAGUGACAAUUGUAAAGGAAUCAUACCCGAGAAGAAUGUCGACCAAAAUGUCGGCAGCUAGACAAAGGACGAUGGAUGUGCUGAAGAGUUGUUCGUGAAAUUGCACAAAGUAAUAGUAAAUAUGUCGAUAAAAGCCAGUGUGGGUUAAAUGAAAAGGGAAAAAAUGGGUGGCAAAGGUUUAGGGGGUGAGGUGAUCGGGUUCCUCCUUGCUGUGGCUUUCUGCAUCAUUUGCCCGGAAUACGUGUCAUCAGCCCAACGAGAGCUUGGCAAAGGAACACCAACCAAUGCCUCAGUGACGGUGGCCCCAGCCGGUUCAGCGGAUAAUGCUAUUCGGUCAGGGGCAGCCCCCGCGGAUGCUCCGCGGCCUACACCUCGAACAGGGCCGUACUUCGACCUUGUGGCAUCUAAGAAUGUUACAGCUCUCCUUGGCAAAACGGCAUAUUUGAAUUGCCGAGUCAAGAACUUAGGAAAUAAAACUUUAAACAUGCAAGUGUCAUGGGUGAGGCACCGAGACAUUCACUUGCUAACUGUGGGACGAUAUACGUACACGAGCGAUCAGCGCUUCCGGGCCAUACAUUUGCCCCAUUCUGAAGACUGGACUUUACAGAUUAAAUAUCCCCAACAUAGAGACUCCGGCAUAUAUGAAUGUCAAAUAUCAUCUACACCACAUAUGAGUCAUUUUAUACAUUUGAACGUAGUUGAACCAACCACAGAAAUCAUCGGUGGACCAGAUCUCUACAUUGAUAGAGGGAGCACUAUAAAUUUAACAUGUGUGGUUCUGUAUUCGCCGGAACCACCUGCGUAUAUUUUUUGGAAUCACAAUGACGCGAUUAUAAGCUACGAUUCCCCAAGAGGUGGAGUGUCGGUAGUCACAGAAAAGGGGGAGACAACUACGUCGUUCCUCCUCAUCCAGCAGGCCAGACCUUCGGACUCAGGGACUUACCAGUGUAACCCAAGCAACGCGCAGUCCAAGAGCGUUGUAGUACAUGUACUUAAUGAAGCAAAUUCGAUUUUCCCUUUGUCAGGUGAAUAUCCGGCAGCAAUGCAGCGAGGUGGACAGGCUUUCGCACCCACAUCUCCAGCACACUGCCUGGUCCUGGCUACGUCACUCCUCAUAACUCUUUCUUGACAUCUACCAAGAAUCGCGUCUAUGUAAAUAUGAGAAUUUUAUAAUUUAGCUAUUUAUAAUGGUGCUUGUGAUUGGAAUAUACAGUUGUCAUUGAACAUUAACUACUGCACAAAUGUCAUUGUAAGUGGUUAAAUUUAAUUACUCGCUAUUUUAUAGUGUGGGUUGUGUUAUGUAAAAUAUAAAUUUAAUAAAUCCCCGAGCAGGUAGCUGGAAUGCUUGUUUCGUAUAGAAUUGUAAAUAGUGUACCAUAAUGCCAUUAUGCAUUUAUUAUUGUUAUAUUUAGUUUGAUGAAUAUUUAAUUGAUCACUGUUAAGUUUCAUAGCUCCAAACUACGAGCCCUCGUUAGUCUGUGAAAAUGUAUAGCUAGAAAAUGAAUAUUAAAUUAACAAAGAUAAAUAAAUUCGAUAUAUUUCUUACGGUACUUAAAGUAAAUUUUGCUUUGGCAGAAACAUCAGUGCAUAGUCCUCUUGUUAUAAUAGAAACUAUUUAAAAAGAGGAUCGUUAUAAAAUCAUUGAAAGAAACAAAGAUAUACACAGGAAUGUAUAAACAGCUGACAAUACUAUGUUAAAACACAAAAUGUUUAGAAAAUACAAGGAUUGUAUAUAUAUUUUAAUUACGAGUAAAGAUAUACGAAUCACUCUAUCUAGCUAUACCGUAUCUGUAAUAAAAUUGUAAAUUGUAAGUAAGUAAUAGUGGUGUUAAUAAUUUUGUAAAUAAUGUAUCUAGAGGACUUAUACAGGUUUCUAAAAAACCGGCAACAAAUAGACUUAUCGCCGAAAAUAUCAGUAUUAGAUUGUUUCGAUGAAAUAAUUUGGCACUGUGAAAGUCGACUUGAAAUAUUGUAAGUAAAAAAUGAAAAAUGCAUUGAAACCUGUCAAUAAAUUCCUCUUUGUAAUUAAAAUAUUAAAUAAAUACAGACUAGAUCAUCUAUAUAAGUAUAAAAUUAGUAAUGGAGAAUAUAAAUUUUACAGACUAGUUAGAAAAGAAUCUGAUUUGAAAUUACACGUUGUUUGUAUUUAAAUGUUCUUCCUGAUGCAUUAACUUUCCAAUAUUAGAUAAAUAAAGAGAUUUUAAUCCUAACGCUUCAGUUGUACCCAUUCUUUAUGAUUCUUAAAAGAAUGAACUUAAUGCCUAAUAUAAAUAUUGUCUUUUGAAGAAAAUUUAAUUUUCUACAUUUAUUUUUAUAUUUAUGAAUAAAAUAUUUUGUUAGUUCGAUGUAAAAGCUAGAAAUCCCCCGUCCCGUUUUAUUGCAAGAGAUCUCAUCUGCAUAAUGAGAUUUAAUGUAUUAUUGAAGUGCUUUCAAGACAGAUGCUGUCGUUAAAAAUAAAAUAAAUAUUAGAAUUGUUUAUUUAUUAUUUAUUGUAAAUAACACGAGCUGUCGGUAAUUCCUUUACAAAAACAUGUAAAUCGGUGUAUUAUAACUAUUGAACUAAAACUAUUUCACUGAAGUGUUUUACUUGAAUUAGGGUAUAAAAUGACAGAUCUUAAUUAAUAUAACCAGUUAUUAUUAUGUCAAAAGUUUAUUAUUGUAUACAAGUAACAAUAGUAUUAAAACUUGUUGUAUGUAUUAUGAUACCUGAUGAUGCGGCACGCCGCGCAAUAUAAAUUACAUGUGUA